GACCAAACGCUGUCAAAUCUUUUAAUGCUCCUGUGUUUGACACCUUUUUCAAGACACAUACAGAGCAAUGACACCCCCGAGGUUAACACCCGAUUCAAAACACAGACCCACUGCACAGCCCCCCACCUCUGGAAGCAGGAUUUCAAUUACAUGGCUGAGUGAUGCCUUUCUGAGGCAACAAAAGGCAGAUCCGGUUGGUUGGGAUGGAAACAGAGUCAGGGGGUGAGACAGAGCUGGGGAACAGGAGUGAGAUGAAGAUCAUCAGAGACUGUAAGCACCUGGAGGUCCACCCCACAUGUUUCACACCAUGUCAGCUGUGACCAAUCAGCCUCUUCCCUUUGAUCGGCUGGAGCGAGAGCAGCACAUACAGAUGAUCUUCAGUGCUUUCAAGAACCGCCAGGAGCCUUCGUGUCAAUGCCACAUUCACUCGCCUGGACCCAAACCACAACAAACACCUCCUGAGUGGGAAUCUCCUGGGACAAAGACGGAGAAAAUGCAGCUACCAGGAAAAGCGAACACGCUGGGGGUGGAAGACCAGUUACCUGGAAGUGCGGCGGGAUCACACUUCAUGUCUGCACUGGAAACAGUCAGUCAUAUACAUAUCACCGCCCGGCCAGAGCUGCAAGGUCCACAGUGUGUUCCCAGGAGGAUCUACAGCAUCACCACAGGAGGCAGUAGGUUGCAGUUAAUUGUGGUUGUGGAAGAGACCUCCUGUGUGUGUCUCCAGUGUUGCGGUCCAGCUCGGGCCUGUACUUUGCUGGGCUACGACAGUCAGGACCGCCAGGUCUUUUAUUUUGAAAGGCCCCUAAGGGUGGAUGCCUGCUGCUUCGGCUGCUGCCUGAUGGAGAUGAGGGCCUACACACCUCAAAAACAUCUCAUUGGCACCGUAUGUCAGAGGUGGAGCAUGUUCACCCCUCUCUUGGAAGUGUGUGAUGCAGAUGGAGCAUCUAGCAUCAGAAUCCAAGGCUCCUGCUGUCCAUGCCGCUGUUUCUCCAACCAACAGUUCCAGAUUGUCUCCAACACUGGGGAAAAAAUGGGCACAAUAUGGAAGAAGUGGCCUGGCUUCAAUGAAGAACACAACAUGGACCAUGAAUAUUUUGGGUUGGAGGUGCCACUGAGUAUGGAGUCACACACUAAACUGCUGCUGCUGGCAGCCACCUUCUUGUUGAAUCACAUGUUCUUUGAAAUGAGCUGACUGAUGCACAGGAUCAAUGAGCCAAGUUGGUUGGUGGAACCAGAGACUGCAACAUUGAAUUGUGUUUGUAAAACAGCAUAGUUGCAGCAUACAUUCAUGAAAGAAAAUGACAGUGAACCAGCUUUAGCAGCAGAUGCAUAUUUGACAUUUAUUGCUAUAAUCCAUCAGGUGUGAAUCCAGCAGAAUUUCUUCACUUUUGAUAAACACUCAUCAUCACACCACCAAACAUGGGCAGCAUAACAGUUUUUCAACAAACUAUAGAUGCUUUUUUUUUUCCAAACAAAAUAUACCCCUUCCAAAGAAUUAA